CUAAUAAGGUUUUAUGGCGAGCGAAGCGCAUUCUUCGCCCGGCGCCUGGCAGCAAUCGCUGGCGGCAGUGAGAAGCUUGAUUGGAAGAGAUCUCCGUGUGUUCGUCAAUCCCGCGGCGUUGGAGGCCCCGAUUCAGCACGCGACUGGCAAAGGCGAGAGAAGUCCUUUCCGAGUUUUCGAUUUUGAUGGGUAUGAUUCUGAUGGGGCAGAGGAGGCCGAGAGCGAUGAAUUCUACGAGCUAACUCCGGAAGAUUAUGCCCGAUUGGUGUCCAAGAAAAGAGAAGAGAGAUUCUUGAAGACAGCAAAAAUCCGUGACGCUGAGGCAGCAGCUCGUAGAUCCAAGUUUGCUAAGGCCACACUUCGUGUCCAGUUCCCGGAUAGCAUCAUCGUUGAGGCCGAUUUUAGUCCUCUAGAUCUGGUUUUGGAGCUUGUUACAAUGCUGGAAAAAUUGCUGCUAAAGCCAGAGAUCCCGUUCCAUCUGUACACAACGCCUCCCAAGCAAAUCCUCAAGGACUACAAUGUUACCAUGUACGAUGCUGGCUUAGUUCCAGGAGCUCUUGUUUAUCUAUCCUACAACAAUGAUUUCCAAGGGCCAUAUCUCAAGGAGAUCGUCCUCGCUUCACAGCAUUCGGAUGAAGAAUCCAAAGACCAAGUUUUAGCUCCACCAGCGGGAUCUCCUCCUCGAGUAGCGUCCCCGGAAGAAACACGACCAAGCUCUCAACAAACAGUUCCUCUUGGUAAAGGAAGCAAGCCCAGGCCCAAAUGGUUGAAGCUUGGAAAAUGAAAAGUUUUGGAAAGUAAGUUUCGGUGAUUUCGUGGAGACACGGGGUUGAGUUGUAAAUUGUGGAAAAAUCAAUAAAAAUUAUAUCUUGACGAA